AUGGUUGUCAAUGUUGGGGAUUUUAUUGAGAGCUCAAUUACAGAAUUAAAAAAAAGAUUUGAUUCCAUAUUAAAAAACUCAACUCUUCAGGACACUGAGAGACGCGAAAUAGAUUGUUUGUUGGAUGCUUUUAGUGCUCCAUUUUCUUCUCUCUCUUCAGAUUACUUACGAUUGAAAUAUUUCGAAAAGUCAGGAAACCAUAUACUAGCAACUGAAUGCGUAGUAGGAGAAAGGUAUGAUUACAAAUUUGUUGCUAACAGAAUUGUAGGAAUGCCAGUGCCUUGCACAGCAACACAUAUUCCGUUGCGGUUGACAUUGAAAAAGUUCUUCGAGCUCCCAGGAAUUUUCACGACAGUUUUGAACCAUGUGAAUCAGCUAAAGUGCGAUGACAGCGUUUUAUCUAAUUUUGUCCAAGGCAACUUAUGGAGAAAAAAAUCAGCUCUCUAUGAAGCCGAAGGCAAAACAGUACUACCCUUAUUCCUUGGAAUCGAUGAUUUGGAAAUUAACAAUGCUCUAGGAUCUCACACAGGGGUUAGUCAAGUUGGCGCAGUUUAUGUUUCAACGCCAUGCUUGCCACCAGAAUUUUACGCUCAACUAAAUAAUAUAUUUUUGAAUUUCUUGUACUAUUCCCAAGACAGGAAACUGCCAAAUGGAAACUUUGAAGUUUUCAAAAAUGUGGUUUCAGAACUGAAUUUCCUUGCAAGGAACGGUAUUUGGCUAAAGACUGAAUCUGGAAAUAAGCGCGUUAACUUUGUCCUUGGCUUAAUUUUAGGUGAUAACAAGGGAUUGAACGAGGUGUUAGGGUUUCCAGGUAGCUUUUCUGCUAACCUAUAUUGUAGAUUUUGCAAGAGACAUAGAAAUGAUUGCUCGUAUGACAGUGAGGAACUGUCCAAUUACAUCAGAAAAUCAGAAGAUUACGAAACUGAUGUUACUCUAGGUGUGAAUGUGUCAGGAGUUAAAGAAAAAUGCGUUUGGUUGGAAGUCGAUUACUUCGAUCCGGUUGAGAACUUUGCUUCCUGUACUCUUCACGAUUUCGAUGAAGGAAUAAGCAGGUAUGCAAUGCCUCAAAUUUGUCACUUUUUCAUUUCAGUAGCAAAAAUAUUUGAUCUUGCCUUUCUGCAUGAAAGGAUACUAAGUUUCAAUUAUCAAAUCAAUGGGUUUUCGAAAAAACCAUCGGUAAUAACGGAGGAUAACCUUAAAAAGUUGAACUUCAAAAUGUCUGGAAGUGAAAUGAGAACAUUCGUACUUUGCUUCAACUUCCUAGUUGGAGAUUAUGUGCCAUUAGAAUGUGAUGUCUGGAGGUACUAUCUCGUUUUGCGUAGGUUGCUUGAGUAUGUUUCGUGUAGAGCCUUCCCUAGGCAGUGCCUGCCGCAACUGAAAAAUUUAAUAGAGGAGCAUAAUUUCCUCUACCUUAAAGUAUUUGGUCCACUAAAACCAAAAAUGCACUUGCUAGUUCAUUAUCCUCAUAUUUUGGUUGAAUCAGGGCCAAUGCCUUAUCUUAGCAUGAUAAGAAAUGAGGGGAAACAUAAAGAAAUUAAGGAAGUGCAGUAG